UGGCCAUGGCGCAGGGCCGGCCUAAGGCCGCGGCCAAGCGUCCUAAGGCGGCGGCGGCGGCGGCCGCGGCGGCGGCCCGGGUUUCUCGCGGCCCGCGGAAGGGCGGCCGCAGCAUCGCCCCCAAGAAGCUCCGCGUGAUCCAACAGCAGAAGCUGAAGAAGCGCCUGGAGGUCGGGAUCCGGAUGAGGAUCGAGCGGGAGACCGUGCAGCGCGCGCAGGGCGCUCUACCCAAAAAACUGACCUUGGUGACGGCGCCCACCCCCGCCAAAGACAAAGCCAAGAAGGGCCGCGGCCGAGCCCCCCCGGGGAACGUCCCCUGAACCCCGCUCCUGUCACCCCCGCGAGGCUCUGGGGGAGUCCGGGCUGUUCUCAGGCCCCCGCCGUUCUUUUUAAUAAAAGGGAUUUGCCCGCGG